AGGUGUAUCCGUGGCGAGAGAGGGAGGGCUGAACUGGUGGUAGACAUUUAUAGGGCGUAUGAGGAAGUUACUGUAUAAUAGAAGGGAGAAAGAAAUAAACACUAAAGGGUCUUUUUCAUUUCAGCCGAACAGCACGAUUUAACACUUUAAACAUGCCUGCAAAGAAAGUCUGCAUCGUCGGAUCUGGAAACUGGGGCUCUUCCAUCGCCAAAAUAGUCGGCCGCAAUGUCAAAGCAUCCAACCGGUUCGACCCCAUGGUGAACAUGUGGGUUUAUGAAGAAAUGAUCGAUGGGAAGAAGCUAACAGAGAUCAUAAACACAGAGCACCAAAAUGUCAAAUACCUGCCAGGUCACAAGCUGCCCAGGAAUGUGGUCGCUGUUCCAGACAUCACGGAAGCCGUCAAAGGAGCAAAGAUCCUCAUCUUUGUGAUCCCACACCAGUUCAUCGGCGGUCUCUGUGAUCAGAUGAAGCCUCACAUCACGGAGGGAACCAUCGGGAUAUCGCUCAUCAAAGGUAUCGAUGAGGGACCAAAUGGACUAAAGCUCAUCUCCGACGUCAUCCGAGAGAAACUAGAGAUAGAGGUCAGCGUCCUGAUGGGGGCCAACAUCGCCAACGAGGUGGCAGACGAGAAGUUCUGUGAAACCACCAUCGGGGCAAAAAAUGAGGCGAACGGCCUCAUCUUCAAAGAGCUGCUUCAGACUCCCAACUUCCGCAUCACCGUCGUACAGGAGAGCGACACAGUGGAGCUGUGUGGAGCUCUAAAGAAUAUCGUGGCAGUAGGUGCUGGGUUCUGCGACGGACUCGGUUUUGGCGACAACACCAAGGCGGCGGUGAUCAGACUGGGUCUGAUGGAAAUGGUCGCCUUCGCCAAGUUGUUCUGCCAAGGCCUGGUGAGCUCCGACACGUUCCUGGAAAGCUGCGGCGUGGCCGACCUCAUCACCACCUGCUACGGGGGGCGAAACCGCAAAGUGGCCGAGGCUUUUGUCCGAACAUCCAAGUCUAUUGCUGAGCUGGAGGCAGAAAUGCUCAACGGGCAGAAGCUGCAGGGCCCGCAGACCUCCGCUGAGGUCUACAAGCUCCUACAGAAGAAGGAAAUGAUCGACAAGUUUCCACUGUUCUCUGCAGUCUACCUGAUCUGCUUCGAGGGCAAAGAGGUGAAAGAGUUCAUCACCUGUCUGCAGAACCACCCAGAGCACAUGUGAUGUUUCUGCCAACAUGUCCACUGCUGCUCCUUCAAUAGCAGUUUACUACCACUAGAGGGCGGAAGAGAUUCAUCAGAUAGAGACGCACAGUGCAACAAAACACACCAACAACCAAGCGCACUUUUUAUUGGUGACAUUUCCUAAUGGAACCUUGGGUUUUCUCAACUUUAAAAGCACUUAUGUUAUUGUGAAAUGUCCUUUAAUAUUCAUUUGGCUGGUAGUAGCAGGUGUUAAGCUGUAGAGCUUUUAAGGCAGACCACUCAACGUCUGUUAUUACCAAAAUAAUGUCAUACGUUUGUAUUUCUUAUUAUGUUGUUUUCGCAAUAAAAUCAAUUCAUAAGAAACUGGAAACUCUUAAGAAUCAGCAAGCAAUAA